UUUUGCCGUCUUAUUCUCUGUUUCUCUUUUUCCCUUUUCUUUCCACAGUGUGAGCCCCCCCUCCCCAUUUUUUUCUCCAUGUGUGUGUGUUAAUCCCACAACCUCUGCUUUCCAUCUCCAUCCUCCCCUUCCUUUCCUCCAUCUCUUUUCACAUUCACCCCAUCUUUUCCUUUCUUUUUUUCCACCACUCCUUUGUCGCCUCGGAGAGAGAAGAAAAAAUCGCUCACCUUCUCCUUUAUUUCCACUCUUUCUCUCUCUCUCUCUCUCAUGCUAAAUUCCAAGACCACCCUCUCUCCUCUCCUCUCUCUUUUCUUUGCUCACUCUCUCUAUUUCCCUGUGGCCCUCCCCCUCCCUUUUCAUGUUUCCCCCUCCCUCCAUCCUCUCUUUCCCUCGCUGGUUCAGUUAGUCAAAGAAGAGACUCACGGAAGGAGAGAAAAGGGGGGAAAGGCAGGACGAGAGUGAGAGCGCAGGAGUGGGGCAGGCUGGGGAGAGGGGUGUGGGGUCUCAGCCCUCUGUCGUGGGGGGUUGGGGGGGUUGAGAUACACCCCAAUAUUUUGUUCUAAGUACCAUGGACUGCCUCUGCAUUGUGACUACAAAGAAGUACAGGUACCAGGAUGAGGAGACGCCCCCCUUGGAGCACAGUCCAGCACAUCUGGCUCCAGGGAAAAGUGCAGAGAUGCUUCACAUGAGUGACAAGAACCUUGCUGCCAUGGAGGCCAUACACGGCUACACACCACAUACACAUAUCUCUCCUGUCAAGCCUGUGUUGAUGUCUACGGGACACACUCCAAUGUACACCUCCGCUGUUUCCACACUGGGAAAUACUCCCCCAGUGGUGGUGAACACUGACACACUCGAUGGCUCCCCAUAUGUGAAUGGGACAGAAGGAGAAAUCGAGUAUGAAGAAAUCACACUGGAGAGAGGUAACUCAGGAUUGGGCUUCAGCAUAGCAGGGGGAACAGACAACCCUCAUGUGGGCGACGACCCCAGCAUCUUCAUCACCAAAAUCAUACCUGGAGGAGCCGCAGCUCAGGACGGACGGCUGAGUGUGAACGACUGCAUCCUAUUUGUGAAUGAUGUUGAUGUAAGGGAGGUGACACACAGCCAAGCUGUAGAGGCUCUUAAGGAGGCAGGUGCUAUCGUCCGCCUCUACGUUCUCCGCAGAAAACCAGCAGCAGAAAAAGUCACUGAAAUCAAACUAAUCAAAGGGCCUAAAGGAUUAGGCUUCAGCAUUGCUGGAGGGGUGGGAAACCAGCACAUACCAGGAGAUAACAGUAUCUAUGUCACCAAGAUCAUUGAAGGCGGGGCGGCUCAUAAAGAUGGACGCCUGCAGAUCGGGGACAAGAUCUUAGCGGUGAACAAUGUGUGCCUGGAGGACGUGAUGCAUGAGGAUGCGGUGGGGGCUCUGAAGAACACAGCAGAGGUGGUGUACCUCAGGGUGGCCAAGCCCAACAACCUGUUCCUGACCAACUCCUACAACCCUCCAGACCUCACCAGCACAUAUUCCCACAUGGAUACUGAACUCAGCCACCCCAACUAUCUUGGCUCAGAUUACCCACAAGCCCUCACUCCCACCUCGCCGAGUCGGUUUUCUCCUGUACUGCACGGUAUUAUGGGAGAUGAUGACAUCCCCAGGGAGCCUCGCCGAGUUUUGAUCCACCGAGGCUCCACAGGUCUGGGAUUCAACAUUGUUGGAGGAGAGGAUGGAGAGGGAAUCUUUAUCUCCUUCAUCCUGGCAGGAGGGCCGGCUGACCUGAGCGGAGAGCUGCACAAAGGCGAUCAGAUCCUCAGUGUAAAUGGCGUGGACCUUCGUAUGGCCACACAUGAACAGGCAGCUGCAGCAUUAAAGAACGCUGGCCAAACAGUAACCAUCAUCGCUCAGUACAGACCCGAUGAGUAUAGCCGUUUUGAGGCUAAGAUCCAUGACUUGAGGGAGCAGCUGAUGAACAGCAGUAUGGGCUCUGGGACAACAACGCUAAGGAGUAACCCAAAGAGAGGCUUCUACAUCAGGGCUCUGUUUGACUACGAUAAGACUGCAGACUGUGGCUUCCUUAGUCAAGCACUGGGCUUCAAGUUUGGCGAUGUGCUGCACGUGUUGGACUGCGGAGACGAGGAGUGGUGGCAGGCUCGAAAGGUCAGCCCACAGAAUGAGGCUGAAGAGGUCGGCUUCAUCCCCAGCAAGCACAGGGUGGAAAGAAAAGAGUGGUCUCGUGUUAACACCAAAGAGAGGGACCAUGGUCGAGACACCUUGAGCACUCAAGGGAGAGAUAAAACCUCACACAGUUAUGAGACAGUUACUCAAGUGGAAGUACAUUAUGCGAGGCCCAUCAUCAUUCUGGGUCCCGUGAAGGACAGGAUAAAUGAUGACCUGUUGUCUGAGUUCCCUGAUAAGUUUGGAUCUUGUGUCCCACACACCACGCGGCCCAAGAGGGAGUACGAGGUGGAUGGGCGGGACUAUCACUUUGUGUCGUCACGGGAACAGAUGGAGAAGGACAUCCAGAGCCAUCGGUUCAUCGAGGCUGGACAGUACAACAGUCACCUGUACGGCACCAGUGUCCAGAGUGUCAGAGAGGUGGCUGAACAGCAGGGGAAACACUGCAUUCUGGAUGUCUCUGCCAACGCUGUGCGUCGACUACAAGCAGCUCAGCUUCAUCCUAUUGCCAUCUUUGUCCGGCCCAAGUCACUGGAGAAUGUCCUAGAAAUCAAUACUCGCCUGACCGAGGAACAGGCCAGGAAAGGAAUGGACCGAGCCCUCAAACUAGAGCAAGACUUUCUAGAGUGUUUCUCGGCUGUCGUCGAAGGGGACAGCUUUGAAGAGGUCUAUCACAAAGUAAAGACAGUGAUCGAGGAGCAAUCAGGGCCUUACAUCUGGAUUCCCACCCGGGAGAGGCUGUGAUGCUGCACCCGCUCAACCACCCCUUCCCUCACAACCACCAACCGACACCACCCUUCACCCUCACAGCCAAACCAGCCUCGCCUGCCUGUCUGUCCUCCAGCAAAGUCAGUGCUUAGGCAAUCACUGAGAAUGACACAGAGAGACAAAUGCAUACUAAGACAAACACAGAGACAGAGACAAACACAGGAAGUGACACAGCGAGGCAGAGAACGAUACCAAAAAGAGACUCUGAGACAGAUGUGAACACAGCGAUGUGUCAGUAAACCGAAAGAGACGGAGAGAAAAAGACUUAAUCAGUAUUCCACUUUAACGAAGCAGGACUGAAUAUUGAGGCCCUGUUCACACUUUGCAUUAAAAUGCGUCUUGGAUACAAGUGGACAGCUCUAAACACAGCUGUGACUGCACCCGAAACUGGAGAAGCAGAUUUCCUAACUGCAGUUUAGUGAUGCUAAAUAACUUGUGUGUAUGCACACGUGUUUCCUCUGUUUAGAUGCAGUUGCAGUUUCCCAAUCACAAGUGAUUACUUGCGACAGAUUUCAGAUGCAUUUUGAUGCCAGGUGUGAACUGCAGUCCACACCAUCUGGAUCUUAACACAGUCUAGAUAUAUCUGGAUGCAAGACAUUAGGUGUGAGCAGGGCUUGAAAGAGAGUAGAGGGUGACCCAGCAGGGAUGGACCGCGAGGUAGUAAAAUCGCCUCACCCUCCUCAUCCAUCUCAAGUCUCAUGCCCCCACUGAACACCUCCACACACCAAUGUCUGAGAUGGAGGUGCCCAAAAAGACACUGGCCCCUCUUUUUAUAUCACCCUCUGGCUUUCUGUCCUCCUCCUCCUGUCAGCUCUGCUUUGUUUCAGGACAGGAAUGGGGGAAGACUGAGAACAGGGGCCCAAAUCCUGCUGAGUCCCUCUUGACCAGGAGUCUUUACUCAGCAAACACCUCCCCCUUUUUGUGAAUCCCUUCUUGGUUCUGGGUGUGAACACAGAAUAACACCUCAGUGACCAAGACUGGCAUUUGUUCAGUCACAUAUGUUGAAUAUUGCGAGGCAUUAGUUCAAAUAAUUAUAAUGAUAAAAACUCAUAUGCUGAAUUUGUGCAUGCAUCCUCAAAGACAAUGGAGACGGGAGAUGAAAACAAUGGAAAAAUCUGACAAAAAAAAGACAAAAUAUUCAAAAGAAAGGCGAAUAAGUAAGGUGUGUUCUCCUUCUCCACCUCCUUAUUGUGGAGGAGUUUUUUAGCAUGUCUCAUGAAGGAAGAAGAGAGACAUGGUCAUGUGAUGUGGUCAUGAGAGGCCAGUCCUGAGCGCUCUAGAUGCUCUGACAUACAGUUUAGUCUCUACUCUCUUAUGCACACACACUCACGCACCCACACACAAACACACAUACACUCUCACACCCAUCCAGUGACACACACAUGUAGAGUCAUAACCUCAGCUGUAACCUAGCACACCCCUCCACAGUGGGGGGGGGGGGGGGGACUGGCUGUUCUGACCUGCUAGUCAGAAUCCAGGAUGAAUGUUAUCUCUCUAGGCACAAACAGCAGAGCUCUUAUAGCUUCAUCGCACCACAAGCUACUCACCGGUCACUCUUCCAAAAGAUCCCCUCAGCCGCAGACGUACACACUGUUUCCAGUGCCCGCAGUAAAAGCCAUGGCGUGUGCGUAUGUGUCUGUGUGUGUGCAAGUGCGUACGUGUCCCUGAUCGUGCACAGUCGUGCACAUUCAUGUGUGGAAACUCCUCUGUGUGGGAGGAACACGUCUUCUUUUAUGCUCUCUCGUCCACUUUUCUCUGCUUCUUUCUCCCUCUUGUGUCCACACAAAUUAAAGCUAAGUCAUGUUUAACAAAUAAAUGGCCUAUAUAUAUAAAUAUAUAUAAAUAUAUAUAUAUAUCUUUUUUAUGACAAUUUCUAACGGGACUAAGUCUGUAAAAAUCAACAUUUCCAAACAAUAUUCCAUUGGUUUCUUUGGGUAAUAUUGCAGUUUGGUUGUUGAAUUUACUCACAUUCCCAUUUUAUUGUUGUAAAACGCAGCGAAAAGCUACACAGAAAUAACUGAACCAUUCAAAUCGAUGUAACGCAGACCUCACAAUAGAGCUUUGAACUGACAUAUUUGACAUGUUGUUGUAUACGUUGAAAACAAACUGAAACACAUGUACAAUGCAGCUGUGUGUGUCUGCGUGACUGUGUGCGUGUGCAUACGUGUGUUUGCUGCUUGUGUGUGCGAGUGGCAAGAAAGUGUGUGUUAUGUAUAGAAUAUAAAUGAUACUAUAUGAGAAUAUCUAUCCUUUAUAACAUCUACUGGUGGUUAUAAUGUGUAAUACAUAUAUGGGUGGUGUGCGUAUGCGUGUGUGUGCCAGAGUGAGAGAGUGAGACACACACAUGAAGAUGUAGUGCAAUACUGCUAUGAUGUUAUGCAAUGAAGAUGGGUUUAUGUGUCUAAGAUUAAAAACGGUAUUUAUAAAGUUUGCACUGACAGCAUUAUAUGCUACAGGUAUCAGGAGGACAAAGAUGGUGAGUGAAAGCAGUAGGACUCAAGGUCAGCGUUUUAAAAGCAUGUGUUUGUAUUUACUUAUGAUUUGUUCUGAAUUACAAGAGUGAAGGUGGAAAUAUUGAUGGAAGUGAUCAUUCAUAUUUAUUGUUUGUUUGAUUUUGCUCACUUGCUUCUCUCAGCUCAAAGUGGAACAGCUGAGGCUUGUGAAUGACGAAGUAUCAGUUUCAAAUUUUUGUUCACGGUUUAUUAUUUAUUUGGAACUGUCACUAGUUCCAUCUCAAGUCUGUAUAUUUUUGUAAUUUUUCUUCUUUUUUUUUUGGGUUUUCCACAUUGAGAGAGUUCUUGGGUCUCGGCCAGAAGUGCUGUAAAUAUAAUUGAGAUGUUGGAGUGCUGUGUGGCUUUAGAUUUAGCCGUUCACACUGCUGAAUUGAUGCAAGUAAAGAAUCCAUCAGAGCCACAGCCCAGUUUAACUGCUCAAACACAGAAACAACAUCUGCACACUCCGGGUGGGCAACACACACAUACACACACACACUCACUCAAAGAUAUCAGCACGUCCACACAUGCAUUUACAUUUACACAUCGAGAGAAUCACAGAAAUAACAACACAUCCAUGAAUUGAAUAUUACGUUUUCAAUUUCUUUAUUUGAGAGUUCAAUGUAUUUCUUAAUCUCUCUCUCUCAGCCAUCCGUAUCAUAGUGUGAUAUUCCUUAUAAAGUAUAUGAAUUUUUACAGAAAAGACUGAAUUACAAAGUUACAACAAAGUCAACUGAUGCAGAAAAAUAUAUUUAACAAUGACAAUAUCAAGCAAAAUAAAAUGUUCCAGUUCAGUGAAGCGCUUGUUGUAAAUUAGCUAUAAAAUAAUAAAAAUUAAUUUAAAAAUGCUUUCUGAAAA